AUGUGUGAGGUGUACGAUCGCCUCGUAGCCAGGGGAAUUAUCACCGUCCGCCUUUGGAACAAGCUGACCCCGAAGGCCUACUACGGGGAGUAUUCUAUGCAUGUCCUCAUGAAGUGCAAGCUGCAAGCCACUGGCCACAUCUUCGAAGUCCGGCUCUGCUUCAGUGCGUUCUACCACCUGGAGCAAGACUUGAGCUGGCUGUGUGACUGGAGAGAGCUGUUACGUUCGCAGCACCACUUCCUCCCCGGUGAGGAAAACCACUACCAGGGACAGGUUCGGGAUAAGGUGAUGUGCUACGCGGACGGCGGUGACCUUUACCGGGGCCAGUGGGUUCAGGGCAAGAAGCAUGGCCAAGGAGCUCAAUACUAUUGCUCUGGAGACAGCUACCAGGGUGAGUACCAGAAUCACAAGAAGCAUGGACAAGGUGUUUACCGCUAUGCCGACGGUGAUUGCCACGAGGGUCAAUACUUGGACGGCCGCAAACAUGGCUCGGGUCUGUACUGGUACUCAGACGGCCGUGUGCUAGUCUCCAGCUACGACCAGGAUCAGCAAUCAGGACCCGGCGUCGUCUGGAGCACCAACGGUCUUCAGGCUUGGCUCACAGAGUCGGGCAUCGAGGUAUCAGAUCUGGACCUGGAGACAGCUGACCACAAAGCAAAGGAGAUGGGCUUCCCACCCUUCCCUCGGGACUGA